AUGGCUGAUCUUCGUUUUGAUGGUCAAACAGUCGUUGUGACUGGGGCUGGACAAGGCCUUGGUAAAGCCUACGCGUUAUACUACGCCUCGCGAGGUGCCAACGUCGUAGUAAAUGACUUGGGGUCGACGGUUAAAGGCGUUGGCCAGGAUGGCAAGAUCGCUGACUCAGUCGUUAAAGUAAUAAGAGCUGCUGGCGGGAAUGCCGUCGCUUCUUACGAGUCCGUCCAGAACGGCGAUAAAAUCAUUCAGACAGCGAAUGACCAAUUCGGACGUGUUGACAUUCUGGUAAAUAACGCUGGUAUACUCAGAGAUGUCAGCUUCAAGAACAUGAAGGAGGACGACUGGAAUGCCGUUUUGAGUGUGCACUUAGAUGGGGCUUACCGGACGACUCGUGCUGCCUGGCCUCACUUUCGAAAGCAGAGGUUUGGCAGGAUCAUCAACACCACCUCGCCUACUGGGCUGUUCGGAAACUUUGGACAGGUGAACUACGGUGCAGCCAAGAUGGCCUUGGUCGGAUUAACGGAGGCACUGGCAAAAGAGGGAGAAAAGUACAACAUUACCUGCAAUGUCGUGUCGCCCAUGGCCGCUAGUCGGAUGACGGCGACUGUCAUGAAAACGCAAGAUGGGGAAAAGAGCCCCUUCGAUCCUGCCGCGGUGGUGCCGCUUGUUGCCUUCCUCACACACAAAUCUUGUUCAGAGACUGGCGCUAUUUUCGAUGCAGGUGCAGGACACUUCUCAAAGAUCCGUUGGCAACGCUCUCGUGGUGCUUUGCUGCGCCCGGAUUCUAGCUACACGCCCGGCGCAAUCUUGGCCAAGUGGGCUGAUGUGCACGACUGGAAGCAAGCAGAAGCUCCGCGGGGUCCUCCCAAUCUGUUGGAAAUACUUGAGCAAGGAUCUAAGCUGGGUCAGAAUUCCUCCUCCGGAGAGCCAGAUUACUCAGGCAAAGUUGUUGUUGUCACAGGCGCGGGUGCAGGUAUUGGCCGCGCUUACGCUUUGUACUUUGCUGGACUGGGAGCAAGUGUCGUGGCUAAUGACUUAGCGAAUGUCGAUGACACUGUCAACGUCAUUAAGCUAAGUGGUGGAAUGGCUGUUGCUAGCAACGUCUCCGUCUUGGACGGCCCAGCCCUUAUAAGGACAGCCCUGGAUGCUUUUGGCAAGGUCGACGUCCUGGUCAACAAUGCCGGUAUACUCAGAGACAAGUCUUUCCACAAUAUCUCAGACAAACAGUGGAAAGACGUCGUCGACGUUCAUUUGCAUGGCACUUACUCCUGCAUCAAAGCGGCCUGGCCUGUUAUGUCGGGACAAAAAUAUGGCAGAAUCAUCAACACCACAAGCCCGAGUGGCAUCUACGGGUCGUUCGGCCAAGCGAACUAUUCUGCGGCGAAAGCUGGUAUCAUUGGCAUGACCAGGUCGCUUGCCAUAGAGGGACAGAAAAACAAUAUCCUUGUGAAUGCCAUAGCUCCUACAGCUGGCACGCAGAUGACUGCAACGAUUAUGCCGCCUGAGGUCCUUGAGAAGCUCAAGCCGGAGUACAUCUGCCCGCUGGUUGCUCUCCUUGGCUCCGAAAAAGCCCCUUCGACGGGUUCCAUUUUCGAAGCCGGCUGUGGAUGGCAAGCAGAGCUUCGAUGGCAACGGAGUGGAGGUAUCACCUUCUCGGACCGCUCGAAACUAACUGCGGAGGCCAUCGCGAAAGACUUCGCUAGCCUAAUCAACUUCGAUGAUGGUCGCGCAAAUUAUCCGAGCUCUCAAGCCGAUGCUCGGAAGAACGUGUCGGCGAAUACUCUGCCAAUAUCAGAGGCGGCCACGCAGCACGAAAAUAAAUGGCUAGCUGCUAUUGAGAAAGCUAUGGCCGCAACUCCACAAUCCACUCCGUUCGACUACGACAAGCGUGAUACGAUCCUCUACAACCUAUCAGUAGGCGCAAAACGCCACCAAGGCGAAUUCGUGUUCGAAGGAGAUCCAAACUUUCAGCUCAUACCCACCUACGGUGUCAUUCCCUACUUCGGGGCCAAACGACCUUUCGAGGUUGGUGAGAUUGUGCCAAAUUUCAAGCCCGUGAGACUAUUACACGGUGAACAGUAUUUGGAAAUCAGAAAGUGGCCUCCUCCUGUCGAGGCUAAGACUGUCUCUGAAAAGCGGCUCUUGGAAGUUAUAGACAAAGGAAACGCUGCUCUUGUCGUCACGGGGACAGUCACAAAGGACGCCACAACCGGGGAAGACUUGUUUUAUAAUGAGGAGACGGUCUUCAUUCGUGGCUCCGGUGGGUUUGGCGGACCCAAAAAGGGCAAGGACCGUGGCCCUGCGACCACCACGUACACAGCGCCAGCAAGAGCACCAGAUGCCGUCUUCGAAGAUAAAACUAGCGAAGAGCAAGCCGCCUGGUAUCGACUCAAUGGAGACUGGAACCCUUUGCAUGUUGAUUUCGCGUCAGCCAAAAAGGGCGGGUUCGACUUUCCAAUUCUUCACGGGCUCUGUUCGCUGGGAAUCACUGGCCGCCGGAUCGCAGAAAAAUACCGGCCGAUCAAAAAUAUCAAGGUCCGUUUCACUGGAGUUGUGAUCCCUGGGCAAACUUUGAAGGUCGAACUGUGGAAACAUAAGUACACCGUCAUAUUUCAGACAACUGUAGUAGAGACCGGAAAGGCAGUUGUGUCUGGGGCCGCUCAGCUCCGUGAUCUCUCGUCGAAGCUGUCGUGA